GGGGUGAAUGGGCGACCCCGGACGGGAUGCUCCGGCCCCUAAAACACUGGAGAGGAGGCAGGAUCCCCAGCGCCCCCCGCCACGAGCUGCCGUGGUCCCUGGGGGGGGGCGGAGAUGGAAGCAAACGCGGGCGGCGGCGGCGGCGGCGGGAUCGGCGGGGGCGAGGACGGGGUCCAUUUUCAGAGUUAUCCCUUUGACUUCCUCGAGUUCCUGAACCAUCAGCGCUUCGAGCCGAUGGAGCUGUACGGGGCCGGGGGGGGCGGCGCCGCCCACGACCACCCCAAAGCCGUGGCCACGCUGCCCUGCCCCCCUCCGCCCCCGGGUCCCCCCCAGUACGACUACGUGCCGCCCCCGCCUCCCCCGCCCCCCUUCGACCGCCCCGCCCCGCCGCCCCACAAGCCGAAGGACUUCAAAGCGGAGACCCCGUCGUCGUCGGCCGCCGCCGCCGCCUCCUCCUCCUCCUCGUCCUCCUCCUCCGCCGCCCCCUCUUCGGGCAAGAAGCCGGAAGGCCCCCUGCCGCCGCCGCCGCCCCCGCCGCCCCCUCCGGGGUUCGGGACCCCCCCCGGCGGGCAGCCGAUCUUCGACGCGGCCUUCGGGGCCCCGCAGUGGGGCAUCGUCGACCUGUCCGGCCACCAGCACCUCUUCGGGAGCCUGAAGCGCGGCGGGGUGGGCGUGGGCGGGGUGGUGGGGCCGGCCGGGGGCGGCCUGCCUCCGGUCCCGCCCGCCUCGGCCCUGCCCGCGGCCGUCUCCGCCGCCUCCGCCGUCCCGUCCCCGGUCCCGCCGCCCGCCCCGGUGCCCCCGGGGGACCCCGCCAAGGACGACAAGGGCUACUUCCGGCGGCUGAAGUACCUGAUGGAGCGGCGCUUCCCCUGCGGCGUCUGCCAGAAGUCCUUCAAGCAGUCGUCGCACCUGGUGCAGCACAUGCUGGUGCACAGCGGCGAGCGGCCCUACGAGUGCGGCGUCUGCGGGCGCACCUACAACCACGUGUCCAGCCUCAUCCGCCACCGCCGCUGCCACAAGGAGGCCCAGCCCCCGCCCGCCGGGCCCGCCCCGCCGCCCCCCGCCCCGCCCGGGACGGGGCCCGGGCCCGCAGACGGGGGCGGGCCGCAGCCGCUCCCGGCCCUCGGCGGGGCCGCGUCGGAGGGGGCGGGCGCGGCGCCCCCCGGGCCGCCCCCUCCGCCCCCGCCUCCGCCCCACCCGCCCGCCGCCGGGAGCGGGGACGGCCCCUUCACCUGCUCGCUGUGCUGGAAGGUGUUCAAGAAGCCCAGCCACCUGCACCAGCAUCAGAUCAUCCACACCGGGGAGAAGCCCUUCAGCUGCUCCGCCUGCGGCAAGAGCUUCAACCGCCGCGAGAGCCUGAAGCGCCACAUCAAGACGCACUCGGCCGACCUCCUGCGCCUGCCCUGCGGCAUCUGCGGCAAGGCCUUCCGGGACGCGGCCUACCUCCUGAAGCACCAGGCGGCCCACGCGGCCCCGGGCUCCGGCCCCGGGGCCCCCUCCCCGGCCUCGGCCCGCCCGGACUACCCGUGCGACGUCUGCGGCAAGAGCUACGCCGCGCCCCAGAGCCUGCUCAGGCACAAGGCUGCCCACGCGGCGGCGGCGGCCCACGCGGCGGCGGGCGGUCCCGUCCCCGCCCCCGGCGCCCCGCCGCCCGGCUUCCCCCCCUACCUGCUGCCCCCGCCCGAGCCCGGGGCGGCCGACGAGAAGGCGACGGCGGCGGCGGCGGCCGUGGUGUACGGGGCCGUCUCCGUGCCCCUGCUGGGGGCCCACCCGCUGCUCCUCGGCGGGGCCGGGGCCGGGCCGGGGGCCGCGGGCGGCGGCGGCGGCGGCGGGGGGGCCGGGGCCGCCGCGAAGCCCUUCUGCUGCGGGCUGUGCGGGCGCGGGUUCGGGCGGCGGGAGACGCUGAAGCGGCACGAGCGCAUCCACACGGGGGAGAAGCCGCACCAGUGCCCCGUGUGCGGCAAGCGGUUCCGCGAGUCCUUCCACCUGAGCAAGCACCACGUGGUGCACACCCGCGAGCGGCCCUACAAGUGCGAGCUGUGCGGCAAGGUCUUCGGCUACCCGCAGAGCCUCACGCGCCACCUCCAGGUCCACCGGCUGCAGCUGCCCUGCGCCCUGGCCCCGCCGCCCGGCCCGCCGGGCCCCGGCGGCGGCGGGGGCGGCGGCGGGGGCGGCGCGGGCCCGAGCGGGCUGGGGCCCGGGGCGGCCGAGGGCCUGGGCUACGCCUGCUCCGACUGCGGCGAGCACUUCCCCGACCUGUUCCACGUCAUGUCCCACAAGGAGGCUCACAUGGCCGAGAAGCCGUACGGCUGCGACGCCUGCGGCAAGGCCUUCGGCUUCAUCGAGAACCUCAUGUGGCACAAGCUGGUACACCAGGCGGCCCCCGAGCGCCUGCCGGGCCCCGACGGCGGCGGCGGCGGCGGCGGGGGCGGCGGCGGGGCGGGCGGCGGGGCAGCGGGCGCGGCGGAGGCGGCCGGGCUGGAGAACGGGCUGGCGGGCGAGGUGGGCGCGGCGGUGGCGGCCCUGGCGGGCGCGGCGGGCGAGGAGGCGCCCCCGCUGCUGGGGGCCGGGGCCGGGGAGCGCUUCAGCUGCGGCACGUGCGGGCAGAGCUUCAAGCACUUCCUGGGGCUGGUGACGCACAAGUACGUGCACCUGGUGCGGCGGACCCUGGGCUGCGGCCUGUGCGGCCAGAGCUUCGCCGGCGCCUACGACCUGCUCCUGCACCGGCGCAGCCACCGGCAGAAGCGGGGCUUCCGCUGCCCGGUCUGCGGCAAGCGGUUCUGGGAGGCGGCCCUGCUGAUGCGCCACCAGCGCUGCCACACGGAGCAGCGGCCUUACCGCUGCGGGGUCUGCGGCCGGGGCUUCCUGCGCUCCUGGUACCUGCGCCAGCACCGCGUGGUGCACACGGGCGAGCGGGCCUUCAAGUGCGGCGUGUGCGCCAAGCGGUUCGCCCAGUCCUCCAGCCUGGCGGAGCACCGGCGGCUCCACGCCGUGCCCCGGCCCCAGCGCUGCGGGGCCUGCGGCAAGACCUUCCGCUACCGCUCCAACCUGCUGGAGCACCAGCGGCUGCACCUGGGCGAGCGCGCCUACCGCUGCGAGCACUGCGGCAAGGGCUUCUUCUACCUCAGCUCCGUGCUGCGCCACCAGCGGGCCCACGAGCCUGCCCGCCCGGACCUGCGCUGCCCGGCCUGCCUCAAGCUCUUCAAGGACCCCGGCUACUUCCGCAAGCACCUGGCGGCCCAUCAGGGCGGCCGGCCCUUCCGCUGCGCCGCCUGCGGGGAGGCCUUCGCCAACACCUACGGCCUCAAGAAGCACCGGCAGGUCCACAAGGUGGAGAGGCUGCAGGCCCAGGCCCAGGCCCAGGCGGGCCUGGGAGCCAAGGACACCUGAGGCGGCCCCCCCGGACCCACCCCGCUCAUCCCUCCCCACGGACUCCCGGAGAAGAAGACCCAACGCGGCGGCGGCGGCGGCCCCUCGCCCUCCUCCGGCGGCACUGCCGCGCUUCCCCACGCCUCCGGCCGCAGAGGGGCUGAGGCGGUGGCCCCCCGAGGCCCCACGGAGACUUGACCGGCCGGCGGCGUCCGCCCCCCACCCCUUCCC